AUGUCAGUAUUACUUGUAGAAAUAUUUCGUAUCGUUCUUGGAAUUCUUUCUAAAGACAAGAAAUCUCUACAUUCUUGUCUUUUGGUUGAUCGAACCUGGUGUGAAAGAGUCGUUUCCAUUUUAUGGAAUGACCCCUUUCAAUUUUUGAAAGAACCUUCCGCUGAGCUCAUUCAGACAUACAUUUUAUGUUUGUCAGAGUCCGAUCGGGCAAAUUUACAGGGAUCAGGAAUUAAUUUAGAAAAUACUCCUAAACAUAAACCCACUUUUGAUUAUGCGGUUUUUUUGAGGCAUCUCAAAUACAUCAAUUUUUACGAGUCUUCUCUAGUUUGGCUAGAAAAAGUCAUGGGACAUUCAAAUCACGGGUCUAAAGGGUUCUUGGUUACCAAAGAAUUAUGUAAACUUUUCAUGAAUCAAAGUCCAGCAAUUCUAUCUUUGAAUAUCAAUACGGAAAAUUUAAAUCUUCCAGAUAACAUCGAUUAUGUGUCAAUACCUUGUUUUUCUGGUGCUCUUAAGAGUUUAUCUCAAUUACAAGAAUUCAUGUGCUGUGGAACAUAUGAUAAGAAAAAAAUAUUUAAGGCGAUGUCACAAUCUUGUAAAAAUAUUCGUAAUUUAAGCGUAGAUUAUUACUUGGAUGAACUUAGUACCGCAGCACCAACAGAUUUGGCAAAUCUUAUUAAAAGUCAAAACGCUUUAGUUGAAUUCAAACUUGUAACAUGUUCAAGGUUUUUAUCAAAAAUCAUACCAGCAUUAAAGAAACAAGCCAAAACAUUAACUAAUGUCGAAUUCCGGGGUGUUCUUUUUGAAGAUUGUGUCUCGUUUGAAGCACUUUCGGCUUGUAGUAAUUUAGAAUCAUUGAUUUUUUUCCAUUGCGAUAAUGUAAUGAAUGAUGCACUUGAACCUUUAUCAACUGCAUAUUUUCCAAAACUUCGAAAAAUUGUGUUUCACAUUUUUCAUAUGCCACCUCCAUCAUUGGGAGCUUUAAUUUGUAAUAACAGCGAUACUUUACAAGAAUUAUUAUUGGAAUGGCCGCCAUUAGAUCAAGAAGAUCCAAAAAUUAUUGAAAUGAUCAUAGAACAUUGUCCAAACAUUAUCAAAUUUGACGCACAUUUAAAAACGGAUCAACUACGAUCACUUUUAAGUGCAUUGUCUCAAUUAGAAGAUUUGACGGUUCAUAGUAGAGAACCUUUACUCGCUGAUGGAUUUUUACCUCAGUUGGGUCAGUUAAUCCCUCCAAAUUUGCGAAUAUUAAAUGUUCGUGCUAUCUGGUCAUUUAAUCCAGAAUCUCUUAAGCAAUUCCUUGAUCAUUGUAUUGCUCCAUUGGAAUAUAUUGGCCUUCGUGAAUGUUACGCUCUAACAGAUGAACAUCUUGAGGUUUUAGCUGCAUACGCGGAGAAAGGGACAUUAAAACAUUUAAAUAUUAAAGUUGCAACCAGAAUUACAAGAGAGGGCUUGAUAAAUGCUCGUAAAGUUAUUGAUCGAAUCGAACAUAAUGAAGUAUUGACAAUGGAAAAUAAAUAA